CGUCACGUCUCUACUUCCAAGUAUACUUCAGCAGCCAGUGAGGACUCUAACUUACUGUAGCUUGCGAGGAAAGAGGAAGACCGUGAAAGCUGUCACAAAGAGGUUUCUGCGGCUGCACAACGGCCUUUGGGUUAGGAGAAAGGCUGGUUACAAGAAGAAGCUGUGGAAGAAGUCGGCCGCCCAGAAGAAGCGUUUGAGAGAGCUGGUGUUGUGCAAUAGGACACAGUGUAAACUCCUUGAUAAAAUGACCACUUCUUUCUGGAAAAGAAGAAACUGGUACGUUGAUGAUCCCUACCAGAAGUAUCACGAUCGCACAAAUCUUCGUGUGUAG